CAGCCAAUCAGAUCCCUCCUACAUGUGUUGACAGGCUAACAGAAGUACGAGGCUUCACUGACGCCCAGAAGGAGGAGUACUUCAGGAGGAGAUUCAGUGAUGAAGAGCUGUCCAGCAGAAUCAUCUCCCACAUGAAGACAUCCAGAAGCCUCAACAUCAUGUGUAGUAUCCCAGUCUUCUGCUGGAUCACUGCUACAGUUCUGGAGCACACCUUGACUACAGAGCAGAGAGGAGAGCUUCCCAAGACCCUAACUGACAUGUACUCACACUUCCUGCUGGUUCAGACAAAGAGGAAGAAGAAAAACUACUGUGAGGGACAUGAGACGAGUCCACAUGAGCUGACGGAGGCUGACAGGGAAGUUCUUCUGAAGCUGGGAAAGCUGGCAUUUGAACAUCUGGAGAAAGGAAACAUCAUGUUCUACCAAGAGGACCUGGAGCAGUGUGGUCUGGAUGUGACAGAGGCCUCGGUGUACUCAGGAGUUUGUACAGAGAUCUUCAAAAGAGAGUGUGUGAUCUUCCAGAAACCAGUCUACUGCUUUGUUCAUCUGAGCAUUCAGGAGUUUCUGGCUGCAGUCUACAUGUUCCACUGUUUCACCAACACGGCGGCAAAGGUGGUAGUGGACUUCCUGAGGAUAGACUACAAUGAGUCAUCUCUGAAUGUUUUCCUGAAGAGAGUCAUGAAAAAAUCCCUCCAGAGUCAAAAUGGCCACCUGGACCUAUUUGUUCGCUUCCUUCAUGGCCUCUGUCUGGAGUCCAACCAGAGACUCUUAGGUGGUCUGCUGGGUCAGACAGAGAACAGUCCAGAAGCCAUCCAGAGUGCCAUAAACAGCCUAAAGAAGAUGAAUAGUGAUCAAAACUCUCCUGACAGAAGCAUCAACAUUUUCCACUGUCUGAUGGAGAUGAACGACCUCUCAGUACAUGAAGACAUCCAAGAGUUCCUGAAGUCAGAGAACAGAUCAGACAAGGAACUCUCUGAGAUCCACUGCUCAGCUCUGGCCUUCAUGCUGCAGAUGUCAGUGGAGGUACUGGAUGAGUUGGACCUGCAGAAAUACAACACAUCAAAACGGGGACGACUGAGAUUGAUUCCAGCUGUGAGGAACUGCAGAAAGGCUCG